GAGCGGCCUGACUGUUCUAAGGCACGGUGUGAGGUGCAGUUCUCACCCCGCUGCCCUGAGGACUCGGUGCUAAUCGAAGGCUACGCACCCCCUGGAGAGUGCUGUCCCCUGCCCAGCCGCUGUGUCUGCAGCCCUGCAGGGUGCCUGAGGAAGGUGUGCCAACCUGGAUACCUCAACAUAUUGGUAUCCAAGGGCUCUGGGAAGCCUGGAGAAUGCUGCGACCUGUACGAGUGCAAGCCAGGUACACUAGCAACCAAUAACAAUUUCUAGCAACUAUUUGUGACAUGGCAAUAUUGUUUUCUGAUUCUGAUACUUAGCUCAUUGUAGAAAUAAUAAAUAUAAUAAUAUAUUUCCCAAGCUCAAUGCCCAAAUUGUAGGCUACACUCAUGAAUGGCAGCUGUAUCCUUCCGCCAGUGGUUUAUCACCUGGCAUAACGUAGGCCCUAGCCAACAGAAGUAGUGGUUGCUAGGAUAGGAAUGUGCUGGUGCCGUGAUCUCCCUGUUCACAUAAACAGACAGUAUGACAUAUAACGCUGCAGUUAAAAUACUGACACGUCUAUUUUCUUAAUACACUCUUCUCCCAAUGUGCUCCUCUACAAGGUUUUUCAUGGUUGUCUCUGUGUUGUGCCCUCCCUACAGGUAUGCUAUCUUAAUUUGAUCACUCUGUUGUCGCAAAUACAAAUUGUAGUCUAUUCUAGGUUUAAAAAGGCUUCUAAAGUUUGUAAUUUCCACUUUAAAAUGUCAGACUUGAUUUGUCCUUACGAAAAAUGUAUCACCCCUACAAAAAUGUCCAUUAAUAAUUCACAUUUCCUGUUGCUGCAGGAUUAUUUUCCUGCUGUGAGAAACUGGUCAAAUUAACAUACUUACUGCAGCACUGAUGAUUCUCUCUGUGUUGUGCCCUACCUAGUGUUUAGUGUGGACUGCAUCACUAAUGGUUGUCUCUGUGUUUUACCCUACUGUAUCUAGUGUAUAGUGUGGACUGCAGCACUGAUGAUUGUCUCUGUGUUGUACCCUAUCUAGUGUUUAGUGUGGACUGCAGCACUAAUGGUUGUCUCUGUGUUUUGCCCUACUGUAUCUAGUGUAUAGUGUGGACUGCAGCACUGAUGAUUGUCUCUGUGUUGUGCCCUAUCUAGUGUUUAGUGUGGACUGCAGCACAGUGGAGUGCCCUCCUGUCCAGCAGGUUCAGUGUCCACCUGACAGCUAUGAGACCCAGGUGCGUCUCACCGCGGACGGCUGCUGCACCCUUCCUACCAGGUGAGCCUCGACCUCCCCCUGAAUGCAACAAUCAAUGCACUUUCUUUGGCAGUUAUAAAAAGUAGUCAGGUGAAAUAAGUCAGGUGUGAGGGUGUAUCCAUCUGAUGUGGGCUAACUCUAUGAAUCCCCCUCUCUCCAUCCCAUCUCUAGGUGUGAGUGUUUGCCUGGUAUGUGCAGUUUCCCACAAUGCACCGCGGGCAGCUCCCCCAAGGUGGUCUCCCGCGGCGACGGUACCCCCGGGCGAUGCUGUGAUGUGUACGAGUGUAUCAACGGUGAGUUUGGCUCUCUCCCUCCACUUGGCUCUGAACUGAACUGCACAGCGCCCGUCUCACUGUGUCUGAGCUGUUAUACAGGG